GCUCAGCAACCAGUUUAGCCACCACAACCACACACGCAUUCACAGCUGACCGGGUAGUGUUUGUUGCGCCGAAAUAGCCAGUUUUUUUCCAUUUUCAACAAAUUUACAGUAACCGGUCUCAAAAUGGUGUCUGUGAUUAACACUGUGGACACUGGGCACGAGGACAUGGUGCACGAUGCAAAGAUGGACUACUGCGGUCUCCGGCUGGCCACUUGCUCGUCGGAUAUGUCUGUCAAAGUCUAUGACGUGCGCAACGGCACUCAAACCUUGGUGGCCGACCUCAGAGGCCACGAAGGACCUGUCUGGCAGGUCGCCUGGGCUCACCCCAAGUUUGGCUCCAUCAUUGCCUCUUGCUCCUACGACCGAAAGGUCAUUAUUUGGAAAGAAACCAAUGAAAAGUGGGUCAAGUUCCUUGAGAAUUCCAACCACGAGUCUUCAGUUAAUUCCAUUGCCUGGGCCCCUCACGAGCACGGCCUGAUUCUAUGCUGCGGUAGCUCCGAUGGCUCAGUUUCCAUCAUCAACAGCAACACAACCAUCGCUGGACAGUGGGAAGUUAAGAAAAUUGUCCCCGCUCACACCAUUGGCUGCAAUGCUGUCAGCUGGGCGCCAGCGGAAACACCAAAUUCGCUCUUUGAUUCAAACAGCAACAAGCUUGUCAAAAGAAUAGUCACCGGAGGUUGCGACAACCUGGUCAAGAUUUGGAGAGAGGAUGGCGACCAGUGGGUAGAAGAAGCGAAAUUGGAACGCCAUUCUGACUGGGUCAGAGACGUUGCUUGGGCUCCAUCCUUAGGCAUGCCUCGCAGCUACAUCGCCAGCGGCUCUCAAGACAGGCGAGUAAUCAUCUGGAGCAAGCACGGAAACGAAGACUGGAGGCAUACUGUUCUCAACACGUUUGAUGAUGUCAUUUGGAGCGUCAGCUGGUCCCUUACGGGCAACAUCCUGGCUGUUACUGGUGGAGACAACAAAGUGACCCUUUGGAGGCGAGACCCCGUUUCUGAUGACCAGUGGACGUGUAUCAGCGAUGUGAACAAAGGUCAGGGCCAGGUGAUUGCCGGAGAGCAAAGAGCCUUGUGAGACCGGCCAAAAGGUGGAAGGAGGUCUAGAAGGAAAUGAGAGUGAAAACCUGUGCUAAUGGCUUGUUACUCAGACGUCGUUAAAAUCUUCAUUCUUCAACCAGUUAAAUAUGUAUUAUAAAUUAAAAAUUGUAUGUUUCUAAACAAAAAAAUCACGUGAAAUAGAUCCGGUUCAUGAUUAUAAAAAAUUAGUUUUUUUUCUUAAAUUUAAAUAGUUUCUCACAUUUGCAUUGUAGUUGAGAUCCUCCUACAAAAAGAUUUUCGACAGUAAUACUAUUUACAGGAUUGACAGCAAUAAAUAAUAUUCCAAUUUAAUCAGAUAAUAUUUUUAGAUACAAGAAUCCAGUAAUGAAAGUGCUUCAAAAUUGAAUUGUAUUUGAUUCAAAUGUUGUAUGAACUCAUUUAAUUUUCACUUUAAACUUCUAAAUCAUGUCUUCUUUCUAAUGUUGUAAUGUCUCUUUUAGCAAGGUGAAUCUUACGGUGAUUAAUAAAAUACCUGUAGAAAUUUUAAGGUGACGAUCACUGUAAGAUUCACCUUGCUAAAAGAGACAUUACACGAUUUUGGUCCUCCGGGCCGGAUGCACUCUUUUCAUUAAGAAGUGUAAACGUGCCAGAAUAAAUUAUAUCUUCCUUGCGUGCCGUUUACGUAUUCUUUGAAAAUGAACGCAAAUGCGCUAAAGGAAAAGUGAAGCUGGAAAUUAAGAGAAUUAGCUUGAUAAACAAGAAAUGAUUCUCUUCUGGCUACAUUGUUGUGUUAUUUUAUUGACAUCUGGUCACCACGUUUGUUCAUUAAUUAUUGAACAAGUAUUGAGUUUGGUAUCUACUUAUAGCCUUCUUAUCAACUUAAUUACCUAUCAAUUCUAUUAUUAAUUGCGAAAAUUUAUUUUAUAAUAUGCUGAAAUAGCAUAGAGAUAAUACUAUGUUACAGGAAAUACAAAAUAUUAAAAGAAAAUUAAGCUGGGUAGGGUCAUAAAAUCAAUUGAUUUUCAAUUUGCCAAAUCUAAAGAGGAUAAUUUUCGAGGACAUACUUAUGUUUGGGAAAUGAUUUUCUAAAGUCCCAUUUUUUGUAUUUUAAUGAUGGAAAGUAUAUUUUGCAGUAAAGUUUGAAUUUUGUUAAAAAUGUUGUUUUAAAAUUACUGGCGUAGAUCUAUCAAACCAUAAUAUAUGGGAAAUAUUUCUAUGGAAAAUUGUCAUCUUUCAUCAAAAAUUAUCGAAUGGUAGCCAAAAAACACUGUGAUUUUCGGACUAACAGGUGUGCUUCUCUUGUAAGAAAAUGAAAAAUUGAAUAUGUUUUUGGUGAAAAAGUCGCAGUCCUAGUGUUUCUAGAAGGAAAAUUGCUGUCCUUUCUUCUGCGAUUUUCUGGGAAAGUCGCAAAGCCCAUGCAGUGUCAGCUGGCAAUUUAAUUUCAACGACGGCCGGCCGACGUUGCAAAUCCUUUAGCUUGAACAAACAUGCAAACUGCUACUUCUUGCUACCGCAAAUAAUAUUAGUCGUAAGUCGUUGGACAACAAAACUUUUUCGCUAUCUAGCCAUGGCUGCGGGGAAAGACUUAUUGUCUCCCGUUCCCUUCCCAGCACUAGAGCAAAAAACUUGUGCUCCUCUUUGUUUCUGCGGUGAGCGGCUGAUCAGAUUUGCCGCUUGACACGGGCAUUAGCUCUCGCACUCGUUUUGAUUAAGGAUUCAGUUGAUAAAAAGUUUGGCCGGCGCGCACACUCAGUCAGGAGUGAUCAGAUAAGAACUUAAGUCGGCCCGGAUUUGCCUGAGACAAAUUGUUCGCGCUGUUAUCCUGCUCCCAUAUGUUGGUCUUUGUCUCCAUGUGCGGGCCGAUCGCCUCGCUCGGCAAUGGGAUUUUGCCGAUGCAGCCGCCGCCGCGCUCUAUCCGCCGAUUAAUCAGCAUGCAUGUGGCAGCUUGCAAUUCACUUUGCCACUCCGCGUGCGUCUGCUGCAAACUGAGCUUUUAUAAUGCUCGAUUUAACGCCGGCAGCCGUCCUGGGAAUCAUUAAACACUCUCGUGUGCUAGUUAGACCUGGAAAUGUGGUUGUUAGAUAUUUAAAGAUAGCGAAUUUUAUUCCAUUAAAAAGGGGAUCAUAUCAUUUACUCUGAUGGAGGUGAAUAAUCAGACGGAGUAUUUUAAAUGCACUUUUCAUUGCAUGCAGUCGGUCGCUCUUAACUUACAAGGGGAAUGCAUCUUCCAUUUGAUCGGAAAAAUAUGAUGUUUUCCGCUAAGAUGCAAUAUAGAGUGUUUGAUAAAAGUUGACAAUUUUCCAACGGAAUAGAAAUGGGGAUCGCUAGAUCCACGCCUCCGUAAUUUUAGGAAAUUUCUAGCUGCCACAAUUUAUUUGAAAAGUGAUCGCAUUUCAAUAAACUUUACAAUUUUGGAAUCUGCUCGGCAAGAAAAAUUCAAUAAUGUGCAAUUUUUGUUCUUUUACAAAAGGGUUCAUGAUUAUUUUUUUUUUCAAAAAUUUCCAAAUGAAAAUAGCAUGCAGAAAUGUAUUGGCUUGUAGCAGCAGAGCGUAAUUUUUUCUAAGAUAGUUCUCGUAUAAAAUAUGCUUUUAUUUCAGCUAUAUUACAAUUUUUUGCGUGCUGUAUAGAUCUUGCUGGUAAAUACAAAUCAAUUUUUCAAACGGCUGCAAUUCUUGUUUGAAUAAAAUGAUUUUGAAAUGUAAGAAAUUUUAAAAUAAAUUAGAGAUAGUAUUCGGGCUUGGGAUCUAUUCUAAGAAAUUAUUGAUUGAG